AUGCUAUUCCCGCUGAUCGUUUUGCUACAACUGUGUACAACAAUACGUGCCCAGGUAUAUCCUUGCGUGGAAGGUGAUGAUUUCAAAGACACAUACGGAGCGUUAUACGAGCAAAACUUACUUAGGAAACAUUUUGCUACCCGAGACGUGAAAAAAGCGGCCUACGGUAGUCUUCCAGGAACAAAAAAUAUGUUUAAACUGAAUUACGACUGUACUCUCGAAAAUUUUGCAAAGGCUACAAUCAGUGUAGAUUGCACCCAGAACACCAGAUUCGACUCAAAGCUUUUAGGAUUUGGCACCAACUUCUACUCGGAGGUUUAUAUCGGUACAGCGCCAAACGACACUAUUAUCAAGCGAUAUUAUGAAUUUGCUGUGGAUGAGUGGUCGAUGGCUGAUAGCACUUCACCGCCUUUCGGUACAGACAUGAUAUAUAAAAAUGAGAGUGCUGCGAGCCUUGCCAAUAUGAUCUACUACAAGACGUUAGCAGUUGGAUGUGCGCAUAAAUAUUGCUCUGAAAGGAAAUACAUCUCCGUGGCAUGCGUUUAUGGAGCUGUACCGGAAGUCGGACAGCCUCUCUAUUUUGCCACUGUUACUGGAAAGAGCGGUUGCACUGCAAGUACAAGUUGUAGAAAGGUUGUACCCGGCUCAGGUACGACGUGUCUUCUUGGGCAACCGGUUGACGAACAUGGAAACAGUAUGGAUGGUCUUUGCUAUAACAAGGAUGUACAUUUUGUGGAACCUUCUACUGUUUCACAAACAUUACCAACAUUGGGACAGACUGUGAUGACGGAUGAACUUCGCAACAGUUUUCUUGCAAUUCACAACUAUCGUAGAUCCUCCCUAGCUUUGGGAAAUGUUCGGAAUGGAGCGGAAGGAAACACCAAUUGCCCUAUGGCUCAAAAUAUGUAUCGAAUGGUGUACGAUAAUAGUUUGGAGACAGAAGCACAAAAUUAUGCGAAUACUUGUCCUGCAGGAGAUUCGGAUGUCUCGACGAGGCCCAAUUCUGGUCGUCGCUGGCCGCCCGCACGGCGCGAGUCCCUGAGUAUGGACGCGUCUGUGGCUGCUAUGCAAGCCUGGUGGAGUGAAAUUUUCAUACAACACAUAGAUUUUUCGCAACCCUUCAGCCGCGUCUCAGCAAUGCCAGUCGCCCCUACAAAAUUUACUCAGAUGGCAUGGUCUGCUACUUACAAGCUCGGCUGUGGAAUGAGCCGUUGCAACUCCAACACCCAGACUGUCGUGGUUUGCCGCUACAGUCCACGGUAA